UCAACUGGAAAGGAUGGGACUAGCGGUUGGCGACGGAGGCUCUGCGGGAAAGGAAGCGGGGGACUCGGCCGGCGAGCGCCUGGGGGUGGCACCCCGGCCGCUAGGGGUCGGGAUAUCGCGGCCCGUUCGCCCGGCUGAAGGGUCCAUUGGAUGGGAGGGUGAAGGUGACGCCCCUUCUCGACAGGCGGGCUCUGUGGGGCCGGAGGAGGGAACUUGCCAUGGGACUCUGUCCGCCCCGCACACCGCCGCACGUCCCUCGCCAUGGCUCGCAACUUCGAGCUCCUCUUCGAGUCCCUUGGGCACUUCGGCAGGGAAAAAGGAAGGUGAACAGGAUGGCAGGAUGGCAUUUUGCCUGGAGGGCCGAUACCAGGCAUUGGUUUACUUUGCCUCUGUGUUCCAAUCUAUUUCUUGUGGCAUCCAUUACUUGGCCUCUGUCUUCUUGGCUGUUACACCAAAGUUUGUAUGUAGCGUUGCUGGAAAUGUGAGUCGUGUCCUUGUUUACAAUUCAUCUCGUUCAAAAGUAGAGGAUGCCUGGAGUCUCUGGACAUCAACACAAAGCUACAUCUUGGUCCAGCUGGAAAAUGGAGACAUUUGGGAGCUUAAUCAAUGCAGCAGGUCUAAACGAGAAAAUGCUUCAAGAUUUACUUAUGAAUAUAGUGGCAACAAGACUGAUUUUCUGUGUACUGAUGGAUAUAUCUAUGACCACACCAACUGGCAGAGCACCAUUGUAACUGAGUGGGAUUUGGUCUGUCAGCAGGAAUGGCUUGCAAAAUUAACCCAGCCAACAUUUAUGCUGGGAGUCCUUUUUGGAGCUGUGAUCUUUGGAGAUCUUGCAGACAGGCUGGGGAGGCGGUACAUCCUGUGGCUCACAAGCACUGGACAGUUUAUAUUUGGCAUUGCUGUGGCAUUCACAUUUAACUACAACAGUUUCGUGAUUGUCCGUUUCCUCCUUGCAAUGGUUUCAAGUGGCUACUUGGUGGUAGUGUUUGUUUAUGUGACUGAAUACACAGGCAUAAAAGCUCGCACCUGGGCAUCCAUGCACAUCCAUGCAUUUUUUGCUGUAGGAAUAAUGGUUGUGGCCCUUGUGGGCUACUUGGCACGGACCUGGUGGGUCUAUCAGAUCUGCCUUUCUGUAGCAACUCUCCCCUUUGUCUUGUGCUGCUGGAUGCUCCCAGAGACACUUUUCUGGUUGCUCACAGAGGGAAGAUAUGAAGAAGCACAAAAAUUAAUUAAUGUAAUGGCAAGAUGGAAUAAAGUAAGCACUCCUUGUAAAAUUGCUGAAUUAUGCCCGAUGCAAGAUGAUCUUGUCAAUAGCAGAAUGGGGGAUCAUGAGAGCUCUCCCAUGAAGAAGCACAACGUCUUAGAUCUGUUCCAUAACUGGCACAUUGCAAGAAGGACCAUUACAGUCUGGCUGAUUUGGUUCACUGGGAGUUUAGGAUAUUAUGUAUUCUCCCUCAGUUCCGUGAACUUUGGAGGCAAUGAAUUUUUAAAUCUGUUUCUCAUAGGUGCCGUGGAGCUUCCGGCAUACGUCAUUGCCUGCAUAGGAAUGGACAGAAUAGGGCGAAGGAACACUUUGAUCCCGUUCCUCAUGAUGAGUGCAGUGAUCUGUGGGGUGGUGAUGCUUAUACCUCAGAAUUUCAAUACUCUAAGUAUAUUAGCAAAUAUGGCUGGAAAGUUUGCAAUAGGAAUUGCAUUUGGCCUUAUCUACCUGUAUACGGCAGAGCUCUAUCCAACAGUUGUACGGUCCCUUGCUGUUGGAAGUGGGAGCAUGAUGUGCCGAGCUGGGAGUGUGGUUGCACCUUUCUGUGUCUACCUGUCAAGUGUAUGGAUCUUCUUCCCGCAAUUGAUUGUUGGAAUCAUGGCCUUCUUGAGUGGUGUGUUAACACUGAUGCUGCCAGAAACACUUGGAAAACCGUUGACAAAUACAUGGGCUGAAGCUGCAGAGCUAGAUGACCAACUCACCCCAAAAAACCGUUCAGAAAAAUCCCUUCCAGCACAGAAGAAUGCAGCACUAGAGAAAAUGGAAAUGCUAAGCCAAGGAGCACAUGGCACUGAUGGAUAAAAUCAUUCCUUUGGUUUGUGCCACCCUGUGUGAUUUUAUUUGCAACAUCUUAACAGAUGGUCCACGUGCCUUGUAAUUGGAACAUUUUCUUGCCUUUUCAAGAAGGGAGACAUACCAACUAGAUAGAUCCUUGUUCAGGAUGCUUUUUGGAAUCAUUGCACACAGAGAGAAAAGGUUCUCUUCCAGAGUUCCUGUUGGGGUUUUUU